GUGUGUGCCACCCGUAGAAACAAUCACGAGUUCGCUUGUGAUGGGGCUAGAAUGAAGGGCAGUUAGUCAGACACAACUGCAAAUAAAGAAAUAUUUCAGUGAUUGUGAGAGUCGAGAAGUACCGGGAACAAGCAUGGCCAACAUCACAAAGAAGGUCUCUUGGACCAGUCGAGGUGACGACGCCGGGGGUGGCGAGGGAACCCCACUACUCAACGGCUCCGAAGAAGUUCGCUAUACAAGACAGUUGUCCGGUGUUGGGGGUAUGUUUCACAUAGGCAGACUGAGCACUGUGGAUCUCGAGGAGGAUGUGACAUCAGACGAGGAAGCUCGGCCAACAAAGUCCCAGAGAUAUGGCUCUGUUUCCACCUACCCUGGGUCUUUACAGGACUCGCCAAAGGGCCGUCCCGAAGAGAUUCCUCACAACGAGAAGUUGCUGUCCCUGAAAUUUGAGAGUCUGGACUAUGACAGCAGUGAGAAUCAGCUGUUUCUGGAAGAGGAAAGACGGAUGAGCUAUCUGGGUUUCAGAUGUCUGGAGAUCAGUCGCUGGGUGAUCUGUGGUCUGAUUGGCUUCUUGACUGGCCUCAUAGCCUGCUGCAUAGACAUUGCUGUGGAAAAACUGGCCGGGGUCAAGUACUUCGUCGUUAAACAAAACAUUGAAAAGUUUACUGAGGUGGGGGGUUUGUCCAUCUCUCUGAUCUUGUGGGCUGUCCUCAACUCUUCCCUUGUCAUGGUUGGAGCCAUCACAGUAGCCUUCAUUGAGCCCAUAGCAGCAGGGAGCGGUAUACCUCAGAUAAAGUGUUACCUGAAUGGAGUGAAGAUCCCCCGGGUUGUGCGACUAAAGACGCUGGUGGUGAAGGUGUUUGGGGUGAUCUGCUCUGUAGCAGGAGGACUGGCUGUCGGAAAGGAAGGUCCCAUGAUCCACUCUGGAGCAGUAGUAGCUGCUGGGGUGUCGCAGGGGAGAAGCACCUCUCUGAAGAAAGACUUCAAGAUUUUCGAGUAUUUCCGCAGAGACACGGAGAAGAGGGACUUUGUGUCAGCAGGUGCAGCUGCAGGGGUCUCUGCUGCUUUUGGAGCCCCAGUCGGUGGGGUGUUGUUCAGUUUAGAGGAAGGGGCUUCGUUCUGGAACCAGAUGCUCACAUGGCGUAUAUUCUUUGCGUCGAUGAUUUCAACAUUCACUCUGAAUUUCUUCCUGUCUAUCUACAAUAACAAACCUGGGGAUCUCUCCAGCCCGGGACUCAUCAACUUUGGACGCUUCGAGAGCGACAGUGUGGCGUACAACUUCUACGAGAUUCCCUUAUUUAUUGUUAUGGGAGCUAUAGGUGGAUUGCUGGGAGCACUGUUCAAUAAACUCAACUAUUGGCUCACUAUUUUCAGGAUCAGGUAUGUCCACCGGCCCUGUCUUCAGGUGAUGGAGGCCAUGCUUGUUGCUGCAGUGACUGCAACAGUGUCAUUCUCUAUGAUCUACUUCUCCAAUGACUGUCAGCCUCUCGGACCAGACCAAUCAGAGGACUACCAACUACAGUUGUUCUGUGCGGAUGGGGAGUAUAACUCCAUGGCAACAACCUUCUUCAAUACACCUGAGAGGAGUGUCCGCAGUCUCUUUCAUAACCCACCAGGUUCUUAUAACCCUGGGACCCUGGGCAUGUUCACAGUGACAUACUUCUUCCUGGCCUGUUGGACCUAUGGCCUGGCUGUCUCUGCCGGUGUCUUCAUCCCCUCCCUUCUGAUUGGAGCCGCCUGGGGGAGGCUGUUUGGAAUACUACUGCCUACUGUAACGGCCAGUGGCUCUAUCUGGGCCGAUCCAGGGAAGUAUGCGUUGAUUGGAGCUGCUGCCCAGCUGGGGGGCAUAGUGAGAAUGACCCUGAGUUUAACCGUCAUCAUGGUGGAGGCAACAGGAAACGUGACUUACGGUCUCCCCAUCAUGCUGGUGCUGAUGACGGCCAAGAUCGUCGGCGACUACUUUGUGGAGGGUCUUUAUGAUAUCCACAUCAAGCUGCAGAGUGUUCCCUUCCUGCACUGGGAGGCGCCUGCCACCUCCCAUUGGCUCACAGCCAGGGAAGUUAUGGGGGCUCCAGUCAUUUGCUUUAAUCGUUUAGAGAAGGUUGGAACAAUUGUUGACAUUCUUAGCAACACGUCUACUAAUCACAACGGCUUCCCUGUCGUUGUGCCGGUUGCCGCUAGCGAUGAGCCGGGGAAGAUUUGUGGACUCAUCCUUCGUUCCCAGCUCAUAGUUCUGCUCAAACACAAGGUGUUUGUAGAACUGGCCCGGUCCAGGCUGACCCAGAGGAAGCUCCAGUUGAAGGACUUCCGGGACGCCUACCCCCGCUUUCCCCCCAUCCAGAGUAUCCAUGUGUCCCAGGAUGAGAGGGACUGUAUGAUGGACCUGUCUGAGUUCAUGAACCCCACACCUUACACUGUACCACAGGAAACAUCUCUUCCUCGUGUCUUCAAGUUAUUCAGAGCUCUGGGCCUCCGACAUCUGGUGGUGGUGGAUCAUGACAACAGAGUCGUCGGUCUGGUGACCCGGAAGGAUUUGGCUCGGUACCACCUGGGGAAGCAUGGACUGGAAGAGCUACAACUGGCUCAGACAUGAUACACACGUUAUCACACACACACACACAUUUCUACAUAAGACAUACAUUAAUACACAUACAAACACAUUAUUAUUAUUACACACACAAACACACUAUUACACACACAUGACAAGAGGUUAGGCUGGUCACCUGUUGCCACACAGCUAUGCACCCUGUUAACCCUGGGGUUAGAGGUCAAGGAGUCAUCGUAAAGGCUAUGCACCCUGUUAACCCUGGGGUUAGAGGUCAAGGAGUCAUCAUAAAGGCUAUGCACCCUGUUAACCCUGGGGUUAGAGGUCAAGGAGUCAUCGUAAAGGGGAGCUGUAAAUCAACAAUGACAGAACAGUCCUGAAUCCAUAACGUCAUAUUACUGACCGGUAUUCCAAGUUGUGAUACAUCAGACCAGGCUAUAAUGUAUUAUAACUAAGUCGUAGUGCACCAGGCUAUAUUUGAGCAGUGGUGUGAAGUUGAAUGGUAUAUUGCCAAUAUAACACGGCUCAGGGUUUAGGCCUGACACAGCCCUUAGCUGUGGUUAGAACAUAAAGUGUUCUGUCAUACUUGUGGUAAACAGUUUGAUAUAUCACAGCUUUCAACCAAUCAGCAUUCAGAGCUCAAACCACCCAGUUUAUAAUGCAUUAUAACAGUCUUGUUGCACCAGCAGAGUACUAAGUCUUGUGUCCUGAUGAUCUGGAGUUAUCUGCCUUAAACAAACACAUCAAGAUACUGUGAUAUUAUGAGUUUAUGAAGCAUUAUAAGGUCUCAAUGAUGCAUAUGACAUGUGAUAAUGCAUUCUACCUGAAAACAAUGUUUGUGUUCACAUGGGCCCUUUAGGUCUCCCUGAAACGACAACACUUUUUACCUGUUCACAAUUAUGUUUUGCACUGUGUGAAAGAAAGAGAAGCUGUAAUUUAUUAUCCACCCAUUUUAAAGUAGUCUGUAGACCACUGGGAGAGUCUGAUGCUGGUCUCCAGACUCCAUGUAGACUGCCUCAGAAAGGCCGCCCUCUUAAUCUCCAAUACAGCAACUAGCCCACAUUAGGCCCCGCCCCCUGGCCAACAGCACCUCUGCUCGGUUAUGUACUAAGUUUAGAAAGUAUAGAUAUUACAGUGUGUGGCAUUUUAGUGAGGCAGAAGUGAUUUGUUUUUCCACCCCGGUAACUGUUGGGCUGCAGUGGUUGACUGUGGCCAGUAGGUGGCGUUGUGGAGUAGGUAUGUAGCUGUCAGCCUCACGGAUUCUACAGAGCUCCACCGACUCAGACUGAGAUGUAGAAUGUCCAGGGUGAUUCAGCAGUGUUGGCACUCUUAUAUACUAGGUCUAGUCAUGCUCUAUAGGGUCUGUUAUCAACAUGGAUAAUGGUGAGCUGAUCUCUGUGUGUGUUUUCACUCUGGACAGGCGCCUGAAGCAGUCAUAUUUUAAAAUAGUCCUGAAAGUACUUCUGACAUAGGCCAAACAGCAUGCACAAGGACAGGAGCUUUCCCUGACCGUACCCAAAUGGUACUGGAUCGAACCACCCUCCGGGGCCUUGUAUGAAAACCUCACACCUGUAAAGUGCAAACCUUCCUGGAAAUAAAAAGAAAUUACAAAACCAUUAAUCAGUUUUCACUAGACAAAUUCUAUAUACAGUACAUCAUACAUACAUAUUACUGUCUGUAAAGAAAGGAUAUUUAUGCCACAUCUUGCUUGUGUCCCAAAUAACCCCUAUUCUCUAUAUAGACACUAAUAUGUUCAUUUCAUCUAGGGUUAGGGAACCAUACAGGACAGAAGAUAUGUUUCAUUGAGGUGUUUUGCAUUCCGUUGUCCUACUGAAGAAGCCUAGAUAUUUACCUGUACAGCCUUCUGAACUGUUUCACAGUGAUGCACAAUGAAUGUGAAGACCCAUGCUGUUUCCCAGACGUCCUUUUAAAAAGAAGUUCAACCUACAUUCUGUGUCACAAAUGACUCCCUAUAUACAGACACUCAAAAGAAAAGGUUCUUUGGGGAUCCUUUAGGUUGGAGCCCUCGAAAUUAAACCAGGAGGCCCGUCUCUGGGACGUCCACUGCUUCUCCCCAGGACCAAUGUCGGGACAGUAUGUACUUCGGUCCUGCCAGGCAGUGGCUAACACACCUGUAACACUGAGAACUUCAAUCAAGGGUUCUACUGCUUAUCUGGAACCCAAUCCUGCACCUGUAGGUUACUCUGGACUUGGUUAAUACUGUGAUGUUUUAUCCAGGAGAUUUAUGAUUCGUUUAAAACAAAGACCAUAAUUUGUAACAUUAUUGCAAUCUCAAAAUGUCUCACCUUAUUUAAAAUCAGUUGUUCUUUUUCUGCUUCUGUCUUAUUGGCUCACUAAGCUUGGGUUCCAAAUAGCAUCCUAUUUAUUCAUGGUUUUAUGUCCCAGGUCAAGAGAAGUGCACUAUUGGGGGUUAGGGGGCCAUUUGGGACACUGUCUUUUGCUUCUUGUUUGUAAAGUUAUAGGUGUUCGUAUAGAGGAUGCUAUAUUUUGUAAGUAUUUGACAAACCCUUUUGUGAGAACAAAUAAAAUGUAUUAAUUUACGA